AGUCACCCUCCUGCCUGCAAGCGACUCUGUCUCCUGUCCCCGACCACCACAUACCCCAGAUCUUCAUACACUCUCCUAGUUUCUGUCAUGCGUGAAGUCAUCUCUAUCCAUGUUGGCCAGGCCGGCGUGCAGAUUGGUAACUCUUGCUGGGAGCUGUAUACUCUUGAACAUGGGCUGAGCCCUGACGGUCGUCUGAUUGAGGGUGCUCAAUCCAGUCAUGAUAGCGGAUUCUCCACUUUCUUCUCUGAGACUGGCCAAGGCAAACACGUUCCACGUUCGCUUUACGUCGAUCUCGAGCCUGGCGCGAUCGAUGAUGUGAAGACUGGUACAUACAGGUCUCUCUUCCACCCUGAGACACUGAUUUCUGGAAAGGAGGACGCUGCUAACAACUAUGCUCGUGGACACUACACGGUUGGCAAGGAAUUGAUUGACCCAGUCAUGGACAAGGUCCGUCGCCUGGCGGACAACUGCACGGGUCUGCAGGGCUUCUUCGUCUUCCACUCUUUCGGUGGUGGAACUGGUUCAGGUUUCGGUGCUCUCCUCUUGGAGCGUCUUUCCAUGGACUAUGGCAAGAAGUCUAAGCUCGAGUUCUGCGUGUACCCUGCGCCUCAGCUUUCCAGCUCAGUCGUUGAACCCUACAACUCUGUCCUUACCACCCACACGACACUCGAGCACUCUGACUGUUCAUUCAUGGUUGAUAACGAGGCUAUCUAUGACAUUUGCAAGAAGAGUUUGGGUGUAUCGCUCCCCAGCUUCACCAACCUCAACCGACUAAUUGCCCAAGUUGUCUCCUCCGUCACGGCUUCCCUACGCUUCGAUGGAUCCCUGAACGUCGACUUGAACGAAUUCCAGACCAACUUGGUGCCUUUCCCCCGUAUUCACUUCCCUCUUGCCACCUUCGCCCCCCUUCUCUCCGCUGAAAAAGCCACCCACGAGCAGAACUCCGUUCUCGAGAUGACGUACUCUUGCUUCGAGCAAGGUAACCAAAUGGUGAAGUGCGACCCUAAGGAGGGCAAGUACAUGGCGUGCUGCUUAUUGUACCGUGGUGAUGUCGGACCCAAGGAAGCCCAGGCUGCGGUCGCUUCGAUCAAGACCAAGAAGACGAUUCAAUUUGUUGACUGGUGUCCCACUGGUUUCAAGCUUGGUAUCUGCAACGAGCCAUCUGCAUACGUCCCUGGUGGUGACCUUGCUAAGACGUCGCGUAGUCUUUGCAUGCUUUCCAAUACCACCGCUAUUUCGAGUGCUUGGAGCCGACUUGACUACAAAUUCGACUUGCUCUACUCCAAGCGUGCAUUCGUCCACUGGUACGUCGGUGAGGGUAUGGAAGAAGUAAGUCACCAGUUUUUAAAUUCGGAUUCAUGUAUACUUACAUGCUCUUCUUCGCCAGGGUGAAUUCUCGGAGGCCCGUGAAGAUCUCGCUGCUCUCGAGAAGGAUUAUGAGGAGGUUGGCACCGAUUCUGCUGAUGCUGAGGACGAGGUCGAAUACUAGGCAUGAUUGCGAUUCUUUUACCUACUUCUUCGCCUAAUCGGAACCUACGACGUCUCACACCAAAUGUGUGCUCCAGUUAGUUUUGAUUCGUAUAUCCCUCCUUUGCAUUCGUAUUCGUCUCGCUUUCCUGUCACGUAUCCUUAGCCUGGUCAGAUUUCCUGUCAAGUGUUUUCGCAGUUGGAAUCUCGUUCCGUUAUUUGGCGCAAAACGCCGCCCUAAUAUAUCAUGAAGCGUGUUAUGUCUUCAUCUUCAUCACUAUUGUCUAGAUCAUAUGAAUCAUGUACCAUCUCAUCGCGUUGGGACGCGUCGGACAUAAUAAUGCAGUGGGCGUCUGUUGUAAACGUCACUUCAACUCCUUCACCCAUUAUUCCUGAUAUAUGAUAGUUUAGUACUAAUAUAUUUCCAGGAUGUCCCAGACCAUCCCAAUCUAUGG